AUGAGCGUGCAAAGUAGUCUAAUCCGGGAACUUAUGCUUGACAAGUUCGAACUGAGCCAUAACGCCGCGGAAGAAAGCAAAAACAUUUGUUGUGCGAAAGGUGAAGUCGCAGUCGAUUUCCAUAUAGUAACCAGAUGGUUCAAGAAAUUUCGCUGGGGCUGCAAGAACUUGGAUGAUCAAGCAAGGUCAGGUAUGCGUAAAACCGUGGAUUCCGAGGUCGUGCUCCAAGCCAUAGAAGCAAAUCCAGCGUGUGGCACUCGGAGUGUGUCUGGCAAACUCGGCCUCUCACAGAUGUAUGCCAUUGUGCAGCAAAAAUACCUGGCAUUGGUUAGCAGAAAGCGAAUUCUCUUGCAGCAAGACAACACAAGACCUGACACGGCUCAAACGACUCGGAAUAAACUCCAGGAACUUGAGGGAAUCAAUUUAAUGCCACACCCAGCUUAUAGUCCGAACCUAGCUCCCCCGGAUCAUUACUUGUUCCAGUCCACGGUUCACUUUCUGCGCUCGGGAUACUUUAUGAAUCAAGAGGAAGUGGAAGCUUCAGAGAAUGGGUUCUUCGCCUCAAAGAACAAGAACUAG